GCCAGGCCGGAGGCGCGCGGCUGCCCCGGACACACAGUGCGCAGCGGCGCCCGUCGGGAGCGGAGCCCAGCCGAGCCGCGGGGAGGAUCGUGCAGUAAUUGGAUUUUAAAAGUUAUUUAAGCCCUGGAGUAAAAUAUACAGCUCAGCCGGGAGCGGUAAUAAUCCGUUUAGCCGUAACCUAAAAUCCCCGGCUCCGGGACCGCGCAGCCGAGCGGGGAGCAUCGGCUCAGCUGCGCGACUCUGCGCGGAGCUGGCCAGAGCCGUCGCUGGGCUUUGCGCUCGUGUCUUCUUUCUCCGCCGCCUUCUCUGGCGAAGGAACUCCGGAAACUUUCGCCGAGUGAAGCACUGCCGCUGUGCGACCACCGACCCUCCGGAACCGAGGAAGACAGUCGUAGAGGUCUAGCGCCGGAGCCACGUUCCUCCCGCCACCGCGCCCCUACCCCGCGGAAGGGGCCCUGCUGCCACCCUCCGGCUGAUGCCCCUGGGACACUGCGCCGCCUGGCUUUGAAGGAUUCCCCUCGGCUCCCCGACCGCCCCGGCGAUGCGGGCUGGAGGAAGAUGGAAAAGCUGCCCCUCGCUGGGUCUGACCGCGCUGCUGGCCGCCUUGCUGGGGACACACGCAGGCGUAGCCGCUCAGCACGGCGAGAAGGGCAUCUCCGUGCCGGACCACGGCUUCUGCCAGCCCAUCUCUAUCCCGCUCUGUACGGAUAUUGCCUACAACCAGACCAUCCUGCCCAACCUGCUGGGCCACACCAACCAGGAGGACGCGGGGCUGGAGGUACAUCAGUUCUACCCACUGGUCAAGGUGCAGUGCUCGACCGAGCUCAAGUUCUUCCUCUGCUCAAUGUACGCGCCAGUGUGCACCGUCCUGGAGCAGGCCAUCCCACCCUGCCGUUCCCUCUGCGAGCGAGCCCGCCAGGGCUGCGAGGCCCUCAUGAACAAGUUCGGCUUUCAGUGGCCAGAGCGGCUCCGCUGUGAGAACUUCCCCGUCCACGGCGCGGGCGAGAUCUGCGUGGGGCAGAACACGUCGGAUGCCCCGCCAGGGCCUGGCGGUGCGGCAGGCCGGGGGGCUACUGCCCAUCCCACGGCUGGCUACCUCCCGGACUUCCUCACCCCUCCGCAGCCUCCAUCCGGCUUCUCCUUCUCCUGUCCUCGGCAACUCAAAGUGCCACCUUACUUGGGCUACCGGUUCCUGGGGGAGCGGGACUGCGGUGCUCCUUGUGAACCAAGCCGGCCCAACGGGCUCAUGUACUUCAAGGAGGCGGAGGUACGAUUUGCCCGUCUGUGGGUGGGUGUGUGGUCUGUGCUCUGCUGCGCCUCCACCCUCUUCACUGUGCUCACUUACCUGGUGGACAUGCGCCGUUUCAGCUAUCCGGAGCGGCCCAUCAUCUUCCUCUCUGGGUGCUACUUCAUGGUGGCAGUGGCUUACGCAGCAGGUUUCUUGCUGGAGGAGCGGGUGGUUUGUCUGGAGCGCUUCUCUGAGGACGGCUACCGCACUGUGGCCCAAGGCACCAAGAAAGAAGGAUGCACCAUCCUUUUCAUGAUUCUCUACUUUUUUGGCAUGGCUAGCUCCAUCUGGUGGGUCAUCUUGUCCCUCACCUGGUUCCUGGCUGCUGGCAUGAAGUGGGGUCAUGAGGCUAUUGAGGCCAACUCCCAGUAUUUCCACCUGGCUGCCUGGGCUGUGCCUGCUGUCAAAACCAUCACCAUCUUAGCCAUGGGGCAGGUGGAUGGAGAUGUACUCAGUGGGGUGUGUUAUGUAGGUAUCUACAGCGUGGACUCGCUGCGGGGCUUUGUGCUGGCUCCCUUGUUUGUGUACCUCUUCAUUGGCACUUCCUUCUUGCUUGCUGGCUUUGUGUCCUUGUUUCGCAUCCGCACCAUCAUGAAGCAUGAUGGCACCAAGACAGAAAAACUGGAGAAGCUGAUGGUGCGUAUUGGCGUCUUCAGUGUCCUCUACACAGUACCUGCCACCAUUGUCCUGGCAUGUUACUUCUAUGAGCAGGCCUUCCGUGGCACCUGGGAGAAGACAUGGCUCCUCCAGACCUGCAAAACCUAUGCUGUGCCCUGUCCCAGUCACUUUGCCCCUAUGAGCCCAGACUUCACUGUCUUCAUGAUCAAGUACCUCAUGACAAUGAUUGUUGGCAUCACGACUGGCUUCUGGAUCUGGUCUGGCAAAACCCUUCAAUCCUGGCGACGCUUUUACCACAGACUCAGCACCGGCAGCAAAGGAGAGACGGCAGUAUGAGACCCCUGUCCCCUUUGACAUACACACACACACACACACAGAGACACAUACACAAACACACAUGAGGGAUACUCAGAAGAAGAGACCGCAGUGGCUCCCUGAAGAGGGAGGAAGGGAAGGGUUUCCAAACUUCUUCAUCCUCCUGGAGGGUUUGAAAAAAUUAACCUUUGCAUAAAGGUUAAGAUGAUUAUGCCGAGUAGUGUUUAUGCCCAGCUAAGUGGAAGAGCACAAAAAAAAGAGGCUGCUGCUGGGAUGGGGAAAUCUUUCACUCUCAAGAAGUCCCUUACUUCUCUUACCUCCUACCCCUGUGCAGGAAAACAAACAAACCCCAACAAACUAACCCCACUAAAACCAUCUUGCCUUGUUUUGGACGUGGGUCAGGGGGGAGGACGACCAGAUCGGUUGAGCUACCGCUGCUGAACAGUAGUCAAACCGUCUCUGAAUUGCUGGGGUCAAACUACAGCACAGGCAGGGCAGCUCCGGGCCUGAGCUCAUUGCCUGCUUCUUCCAUCUCGGCGGAGCAAUCACGUGAGUACUGCAAACCCAGCUACAGCCCGGAUCGUGUGCUGGGGAGAUGCCUCUGUUCUCUCCGCUCACAAGUUCUUUUUUACCUCGGUGAUACCUGUUGUAAUUGUUUUCAAGUUGGCCCUCGGCCUGUUGUUCUUCCUUCUGUGGGAAAGGAGAGGGUUGCUAUUCCAUACUCUGAAAAUAAAUGACUUGUUGCUUUUCAGCAGAAGGCUUUUCCCCCUUUGUUCUAGAAGACAAAAGGGAAAGCAGAAAUGUUUUCUAUGUAGAAAGGCAUAAACAUGAGAUCGGUUUUUAUGGGCAGACUUACAAAACAGUUGAGGCUCACUCUUGGAUGUGAGAAGCCUGCAGAAAUAAACAUCCAUUUUAUGACAAAAGGAGGAGGCGGGAUGUUUUCCUACCGUUCAAUAUGUGUUGCUUUUCUAAGCUGAAGGAAAUGCAAGACUUAGAGGGCAAGAAGAACGUAACUGAGAGCACCUGCCAUAACAAGAGCCAUUAAGAUAUAUAAUGUAAAGAUACAACUUUGUUUUUUCUUUCGUUCCCAUAAACCUGCUUUCUCUCCUGCUUUGCAGUGAGCUCACUGCCGGUAGGGUCAAUACACAGCUGGCUUUUGAGGAGAGGAGGAAUCCUUUUGGCACGCGAUGGACCUUUUGCAGGCUCCUCAGGUUCCCUGAACUGCAUAGCAAUGACUUGUGGUGCAGGAGGGGACUGGGGUUUAAAAGCAAGCAGUUAAUGCAAGUGAGGGGCCUUCUCGUUUCACCUAAAACAGAUGGUUACAUUUCCAGUGAUCACAUCUUGGAAGGAAAGGCAUUCAGAAAUUAAUCAUCGGAUGCAUCAUCGUCUUUUUGAAAUGUGACAGAUUUUUCUAUUCUGAAUUUUUUAUGUCGACUUGUUCAUAUUUUAUUUUUUUGCAUACUACUUUACCUUUAUAUUUACUGAAGGGUUGUUUUUAUAAGUAUAUGUGUGUGUAUAUUCUUGCCUAAGGACAAAUUAUGAAAUUGUGGAUUUUUAGCAAGUCUCCCACCCUAUAGCUGCUCUUCAUUUUUGGGGGGGAGAAAGUGUCUGGAAUGAAA